GUGUACCACGCGUCAUGUCGUCAUGUCGUCAUGUGACUGUGAGUGGUUCCUGCUACACGGUAAUGAUCAGUAAUCAGAAAGGACUGCUGCAUCAUGUCGGACUGUGCGCACUAAUUUAUUUCCUAGUCUAAAACAUGGGCCGUACGCGGGUUUGCGGAAUCGCUGCCACUGGUUUGUUUUCGUUCAUACUGCUUCAGUGUCUAUCAUCAGCAGUGGGCUCGGAUGACAGCUUAUGGUUCCAUGAUCUGUGCAGUUACAAAUGGGAGGCCAUUGACCAAGACAACAAUGUGACAUACACUUUGAAGCUCUGUGAAUCUUCCCCGGAAACAGAAUGUGGAAAAGGAAGCGCGGUCUGUGCCCACACGGCGAAGAGUGGCCUGUUCCAGUCAGUGGGUGAGCUCUCCUUGCGGAAAGUCUUGCCUGCUGUGCUUGAUUUCAACAGCUCGACGAAAUGCGACGACAAGAGCAGCAACAUUCAGAGCAGCAUCACCUUUCAAUGCGGCAAAACAAUGGGCACACCUGAGUUUGUUACUGUCUCUGAGUGUGUUCAUUACUUUGAAUGGAGGACGUACGCCGCCUGCAAACGUGAUCAGUUUAGACCACAUAAGGAGGUCCCCUGCUAUGUCUUUGACUCGGAUGGAAAGAAACAUGACCUCAGCCCGCUGAUAAAACUCUCAGAUGGAUACCUGGUUGACGACCCAGACGAUGAAAUUGAUUUCUACAUUAAUAUAUGCAGAAGUCUAAAACGCGCCGGAAGCCCGUGUCCCGAGGGAUCUGCAGCCUGUCUCACCUCUGGCGACAGUUCUUUCAACAUGGGUCAGCCUGUUCAUCAGCUUGAGCUGCUCUCAAAUGACAAACUAAGGCUGCGGUACGAGGGAGUCACUGAAAGCCCACCCUUCUGUAAUGACCACAAACCAGCAGUGACGAUUACAUUCAUUUGUCCAUCCGCAAGGCAGACGGGAAGUAACCCUAAGAUGGUCAGCAGCUUGAACUGUCGGUAUGAGAUCGAGUGGGUUACUGAGUACGCCUGCCACAGAGAUUACCUGGAGAGUCAAAACUGUAAACUGACCAGCAAACAGCACGACAUCUCCAUUGACCUUACUCCCCUGACAUACCACUCUUCAGGCAACCCCUAUAUGGCUGAGGCCAAAAAUGGCAAGGACACCUAUAACUUCUAUCUGAAUGUGUGUGAUGAGACCAAUGCUGGACAGUGUGGUGAUGAAAAAGGUUACGUGUCUGUCUGCCAAGUCAAGGACACGGGUGAUGUGAAGAAGAUUGCUGGGAGAUACCAGAACCAAACUUUGAGAUAUUCAGAUGGUGAUCUCACGCUAAUCUACCCAGACGGCACCGGUUGCGGCACUGGAUUCCAGCGCAUGACCAUCAUUAACUUUGAGUGCAAUGCAACGGCUGAGUACGGCAAGCCGGUCUUUACAGGAGAGUCUGACUGCACGUAUUACUUUGACUGGCAAACAGCAUACGCAUGUGUGAAGGAGAAGGAAGAUCUGCUGUGUCAUGUCACAGACCACAAGAAGAAGCGUUAUGAUCUGUCGCCUCUUACGCGCUACCCAGAAUCAGAGGGAUCUCAAAACUGGGAGGCUGUGAGCGCCAAGGCACCAGACUCUGAUAAGAAACGUUUUUACAUCAAUGUUUGUCAUAAAAUCAUCCAAGAGGGGGAGGCCAGAUUUUGCCCCGAGGACGCAGCAAUAUGUGCAGUAGGAAAUGGGAAAGCUGUGAACUUGGGCAAAUUCCUGAUUUCUCCGCAAAAGGCGGCAGAGGGGGAUGACAUCAGACUCAAUUACACUAAUGGCGACAAAUGCAGGGAUAACAUGAGAAUAAAAAGCAUCAUCACUCUGAAGUGUAAGCCUGGAGAUGUUGAGAGCGCUCCGGUCCUGUGGAGUGUGUCCAGUGACGGCUGCAUCUAUGAGUUUGAGUGGUUCACCGCUUCAGCCUGCGUCCUCUCGAAAACAGAAGGAGAUGAUUGCAAGGUGGAAAACCCACAAGCAGGAAUUUCAUUUGACUUGUCCCCGCUUCAGAAACCUAGUGGAGGUUAUUAUAACAUGUCUGUUGACAAGUAUGACUACUUCAUCAAUGUGUGUGGCAAUGUGAAGGUGGGACAGUGUCCAAAAACAGCAGGGGCCUGUCAAGUUGACCAGAAUGGCACAAGCUCUUGGAAUCUCGGCGAGUUUAAUUCAAGGCUUUCCUACUAUGAUGGCAUGAUCCAGCUGACCUACAGAAACGGCUCUCAGUACAACAACAAGCAGCACACACUGCGUUCCACACACAUCUCCUUCCUCUGUGACAGAGAGGCUGGUCCAGGAAAAGCUGAGUUUCAGAAAGAAGAUGAGUACACUUAUGACUUCAAAUGGUACACUUCCUAUGCCUGUCCUGAGAGACCACAUGAGUGUGUUGUAACAGACCCCAAAACUCUGCAUCAGUACGACCUGUCCAGUUUGGCAGUAUCUAAUGGCGGUAGGAACUGGCAGGCCAUGCAAGUCUCUGACCCGAGCGGCCUGAGGAAAUACUACAUCAAUAUAUGCCAGCCACUUAAAGCCGUGCCUGGCUGUGACAGGAAAGCUUCUGUCUGUGAGGUGAAAUUUGAGGAAGGCCUGUCUGAGAAGGUAGAGAUCAGCAACUUAGGCAUUGCUAAGAAGGGGCCGGUGAUCGAGGAGGAGAACCAGCUAAUGUUGGUGUACACUGAUGGCUCAGUGUGUGAAGCAGAUGGAGUCAGGACCACUUACACAACUCGUAUCCACUUCGUCUGCUCCUCUGGGACAACAACAUCUGGUCCUCGCUUUUUGAUAAACCAGAACUGCACCGUUGACUUUGUUUGGCACACAGAAGCAGCCUGCGCCAUCACAUCCGUUGAGGACACCAGUCAGAACUGCUCAGUGAAAGAUCCCAACACUGGCUUUGAGUUCAACCUGAAACCAUUGGCUACUGACAACGGAUACCACGUCAACGCUCUUGGGAAAGACUUUGUCGUGAAUAUUUGUGGUUCUGUGAAAGAGUGCGGGACUGUCAAAAAUAAAUCUGUUUCUGGCUGUGAGCUGGAUGAUAAGAAGCCUGUGAGUCAAGUUGGUGUGGAACAGAUUCUCCAGUUCUCCACUGAUGGCGCUCUCACGCUCACAUACAAAGGAGCCCUGGACAAACAGACAGGUACCGAAGACACCUUCUUCAUAAAAUUUGUGUGUGACCAGAAGUCCAACCAACCCUCUUUGAAGCUCAAACAAGAAGAGCUGGGCACAACUACAUAUGUAACCCACAAUGUGUUCUUCGAGCUUUCCACUGCGCUAGCCUGUGAACCUGGUCCUGUGGAUUGCCAAGUCACUGAUUUACAAGGUAGAGAGUAUGACUUGAGUGACCUGGAUGACAAAUACUAUGUUCCUCUGGACACCUCAGAUCAGGCCCGCUUUCAAAAGUUUUACAUCAGUGUGUGUAAACCGCUGCCUCGUGUCCAGGGCUGCCCUGCUGGAGCGAUUGGAGCAUGUGGGCAGCUGAAAGGCAAAGGUGUAAAUCUGGGAUACGUGCAGUCCAGGCUGCAGUCAGCAGCAGACGGCUCCAUCAGUAUUGUUUAUCUGAAUGGGGACAAGUGCGGUUCAGGAAGUUACUCCACAAGAAUCAUCUUCCAGUGUGAUGACAGUCCUGGUGCACCCAUGUUUGAUCGCAAAGAUGGUUGUGAAUAUGUCUUCAUAUGGAGAACCUCAGAAGCUUGCCCAAUAAAAAGAGUGCAUGGUGAAAACUGUAAAGUCAAGGACCCCAAGAGCGGCUACGAGUAUAAUCUUACACCCCUGGCUGGAAAAGACUAUGAAGUGAAGAAAUUGAGUUAUGAGUAUCACUUUGCAGUGUGUGGCCCAAUUACAUCCUCGGUCUGUCCUCAUGGUCCCAGCAAUUCAGUGUCCUCCUGUCAGGUCGAGGGCAGUACACACAGAAUAGCAGGCUUAUCCAAUCAAAACCUCACAUUUGAUGAUGGGAUUAUAAUGAUCAACUACACGAAUGGGGAAAAGUGCCACAAGAUUUACGAGCGAUCCACUGCUAUUCUCUUCUCCUGCGACCACAGCAAGAAUCCCGGUAAGCCGGAGUUCAUAAAGGAGACUGCGGACUGCACAUAUCUGUUUGAAUGGCAAACAGCUUUGGCCUGUCCUUCCUUCAAAACCACAACCUGCUCUUACAAUGAUGGCAGUGGCCACUCCUACGAUCUAUCCUCGCUGGCAUUGCACAAAUUCAAUUGGAUUGUUGUGCCAGAUGCGAAAAAUCAGAGGCAGCGUUACUAUAUCAACGUGUGCAAGUCUCUGGUGCCUCAGACCGGUGCGUGGAGCUGCCCAUCUAGCGCUGCGGCCUGUCUGAAGGAUGGAGAUGAUUAUGUGAAUCUAGGGGAGGCAGAGGCGGGUCCACAGUGGGAUAAAAACAUCCUGAUUCUGAACUACACCAAUGGACAAGCCUGUCCUAAUGUCAAGAGAAACCGGAGCACCAUUAUUCGUUUCAGAUGCGACCCAGACAAAGUGGAAUCUGAACCUACUCUGAUCACGGCUCUGGAGGAUUGCUUCUAUAGCUUUGUGUGGUUCACUGCUGCAGCCUGUCCUCUCAACAGCACAGAGCACGGGGACUGUAAAGUCACAAAUCCAGCCACAGGUCAUCUCUUUGACCUUAAUGCCCUCAGUCGGACAGGUGGCUAUACGGUCUACCAUCCCUCAGCCCAUAGUAAGAUGUUCAGACUGAACAUUUGUGGAGAUGUAGACAAUGCUGGUUGUGCCCCUGGAACAGCCGUGUGCAUCAGAGACACUCAGAAGGCCAUAAGUGCUGGGAAAACCGCAAGGAAGCUGGUGUAUAAGGAUCAGGUGGUGGAGCUCACCUAUGAGGAUGGAGACACGUGUGCCGCCAACCCUUCCCUCAAACACAAGAGCAUCUUCAGCUUCGUCUGCAAGUCUGAGGGAGAAGGUACAGAUGUACCCGUGCUGGUGUACUCGGAUGACCUCACUUGUACUCACUCUUUCUCCUGGCACACUCCUCUGGUUUGCGAACAACAGGUGCAGUGCUCCGUUUGGAACGGUACCAACCAGAUUGACCUCAGUCCUCUGAUCCAUCUCACUGGUUACUACAAAGCUAUCAACGAGGAUUUAGGCAAGGACAAGUCUCCUGAUUUCUACAUCAACAUCUGCCAGCCCCUCAACCCCAUCCCAGGGGUCAACUGUCCUCCGGGGGCCGCUGUGUGCAUGGAUCCUGUUGAUGGAGAUCCAGUUGACAUCGGACGAAUCACCUCCCCUCCUCGCUUUAAUAUCAACACCAAUGAGGUGGAGAUCACCUUCAGCAGCACAACCGUCUGCGCUUCUGACCCCACCUCCAACUACUCCUCCAAGAUCGUUUUCACCUGCCAGAAAGGGGCAGAGCUGGGUUCUCCCCAGAUGAUCCGGGCUCAGGACUGUCUGUAUGUGUUUGAGUGGGCCACUCCUGUGGUCUGCCCGGAGACCAUCACACUAAAUGCCUGCAGUCUGACCGUCUCCCAGCUGGGCUAUACAUUUGACCUCUCGGCUCUAUCAGGGAUUGUUCAGGUUCCUGGAAGCUCUGGCUCCUUUAAUAUCAAUGUGUGUGGGACUGUGGCGGGCUCAGCAUGUAAAGACAGCGCGGUAUGUCUGAUCUCAAAGACUUCUGCGGCUUCAUACGGAAACACCAAAAUCAUGAACCUAGACUACAAGAGAGAAGAGCAGGGUGUGAUCAUGCAGUACAGUGGAGGAGACACUUGUCCUCAAGUUACAGAUCAAGAUGAGGUGUGCACUUUCCCCUUUAAAUUCCGGAGCAAAUCUUACACUGAGUGCACAACUGAUGGCAGGAUUAACGGCAAGAAGUGGUGUGCCACUACAAGCGACUAUGACAAAGAUCAGAAAUGGGGCUUUUGCUCUGCCGCACUAAGAGAGAAACGGCAGUCGUCCAUUUUGUUCUUGUGUGACCGAGCGGCAGGUCGUGGAAGUCCACAGCUGAUGAGUGAAAUCCUAGGAUGUUCUGCUAACUUCCAGUGGAGAACGGAUGUGGUGUGCCCGCCCAAAAAGAUGGAGUGCAAGUUUACAGGACAACACCAGACCUACGACCUGCGCACGCUCUCAUCUCUAACAGAACCAUGGAAAUUUAGCAACGGAGAUGAUUCGUACUACUUCAAUCUGUGCCAGGCCAUUCAUGGAGGUCAGCCAGGGUGUGCAGCAGAAGCCGCCGUGUGUCGCAGACGUGCCAGUGGUAAGACCGAGACUCUGGGCCGCGUUCACACGCAGACCAUGGAGUUAAUCGAUGGAAAGAUCCUCGUCAAUUAUUCCAUGGGUGACGAGGUGUGUGGAAACAAUAAACCAGCAAGAACAAUCUUGCAGCUGAAGUGUGGCAGCACAGUGGGCCAUCCGAAAUUAUUCAGGGAGGAUAAAGCAGCAUGUGAGUACUGGGUGGAGUGGGAGACUCGAUUUGCAUGUGCUGUGAAGCAGGAGGAAGUGGAGAUGAUCAAUGGAACCAUCAAAGUACCAGAGACAGGAGCCAUUUUCAGCCUGGGACCGCUUUAUUACCGUUUCCACAACGCCUCAGGAGACAUCCGUCCCAAUGGAGAUCGCUAUAUCUACCACAUCCAACUGUCAGGCAUCACCGACCACUCCAUUUCCGGUUGUCGGGGUGCAAAUAUCUGUCAGGUCAAGAUUAAUGGCAGUUACCGCAGACAAAUUGGCUUGGCCAGCAAAGCAAAGUAUUAUAUAAAAGGUGGAAAUCUUGACGUCUUGGUACCAUCUGAAUCUGUAUGUGGACGAGAUAAGACUAAAACUGUGUUCUCGACCAUCCAGUUCCACUGCAGCCCUACGGCAGGAGAAGGUAUCCCAGAAUUCCUUCUGGAGACAGAUGGCUGCCAGUAUCUGUUUGUUUGGCACACUGCCACAGUUUGUGAAUUUUUCUCCAUGAACCCGCGCAGCACUGAUGGAGGGGAGGAGCAUGCUGAAUUGUCUGGGCGGAGUCAGGCUUUAGAGGCGGUGCUUAUCCUGUUGGUUGUGCUCACAAUCUGUUUCCUUGUUCUUCUGCUGCAAAAACGAGACAGGAGGCAACUUCUAAUACAGAAAGUGUCAAGUCUCUGCAGGAAAGAAAAUCCAGUAUCCUACAAAUACUCCAGGGUGAACGCAGAUGAUGGUGGAUGUGAAGAUGAGAUGGAAUGGUUAAUGGAAGAGACCGGGACACCCAUGCGGGAGCCACAAGGGAACGGUCACAUCACCACCAAGCCGGUCAGUGCAGACGCCCUGCGCUCCUUCUCCCUGGACGAGCAGGACAGCGAGGAUGAGGUGCUCACAGUCCCAGGGGUCCGAAUCGCCCCUUCAUCGUCCACUUCCAUACGGCAGCAGUCAGCUUUGUUGAAAGCAGAGAGCGAUGAGGAUCUGGUGGGGCUCCUGGUGGACACACGGGGUAGAAACGAGACCCAAUACAGCGGCAGAAACCAGAGCAAACCUCAGCCAGACCCUGAUGACAGCGACGAGGACCUACUCAAAGUCUGAGGGCGCUGGGCGGCCCAAACUAAACUUUCGAAUGUCUCUGCCACAACGCUCCAAUUGUUUAGUUGCUCCACUUUGGGCUUUCUAAAGGGAAAUCUCUCUGUGAGCUGUUUGCAAGACAGCUUUCACGAGCAAGUCGGUCGAUUCGUCCACUAAAUAAAUUCGAUGCCUUUCUGACAAAAUAAGUUUUUGUCAUUUGAUCGUUUAUUUGUUUGUGUGUUCUGUUUUCCAUUGAUUAAGAUGAAUUUUGUACAACAUCGAAUGUGAAUUCAGUCACUCCCAACAAACGUACAGAAAAGGACUAUAUAGAUUUUCUUAUUGUUAUUUAAAGAUUUUUGGGAACUGUUUUUUGUUAAUUCACAAACUCACUGUAAAAAUACACUGUUCUUUGAAAUGAUUCUGAAUGAUUGUGGCAGAUACAGUCAAAUAUAUUUUCUAAACUACAGUCUAAAGUAGUAUUUCACAUAUCUUGAGCCAUGUAGCACCGAGAGGAGACUGAUCCGCUUUGCCAAGUUCAUAUUUAAAUCACAAACCUUCGAACAUCAUGCUUCGUACUUGUGUUCUGCAUCAGCAUUCACCUUUCACUAUUGCAGCGUUCAACUAAACCACAACAUCUGUUAUUGGGUGUUUUGUGCAGUGCUUUUUCCCCCUUGUUCUGACAAAACGCAUGUUCUACUUGCCCUAAUAGAGCAACGAGCACAGACGGAGAUUUAGUGCCAUGGAGGAAUGACAUUGCAUGUAUGACUGCUGCAGGCUUCCUUUAGAAUCAUAAUUUCUCAUUGCAAUCAGAAGAAAAAUUAUUGUAUUCAUUGUGUCGUGUUUAUUUGCUUUAUUGUUUAGUUGCACUGUACGAUAAGAUUCAGUUCAUUAAUGGGACAUGGUGAUGGUUAAAAAUAAAUUAAAAAUUGGAGGAAAAACUGUAUUUUAGUUAUUUUGCGUUCAUUCGUAAAAUUUUCCAUUCCCUCAAGAAACAUUUCGUUCACUCCCCAAGCUUUAUGCUCUCACCUGAGAGACAUUCGUUCGUUUGUUCGUUCGCAAGCAUUUGAGUGUUAAACUUUUUAAUUUCCUUGAGAAGCUUUUGCAAAACUAUUGCAUUUGUAAAACAUUUGCGGUUCCUAGAGAAACUGUUUUUAAUAAAAAAAACUCAUAAGUCAUAAAACUUUUGCGUUAUCUUGAGAACCUCUGUUUGCUCACAGAAAUAUUUGAUCAUAAAAAUCCCAGAUAAUUUGUUUUUUCAUUCGCUUUCAUGUGUUUGAGCAUAAAACUUUCCCCAUAAUCUCUUCCGUUUGCCCACAAAAAUAUUGUUUGUAAAAAAAAAUUGUGUUCCCCUGAAAACUUUUGUAAAACUAAAGCAUUUGCUUGCAAAACAUUUGCGUUUCCCCAAUACUUUUUUUUUCAUUUACUAACGAAACUUUUGUGAUGCAAAUAAUAUGAGGGAAGAAAAACUAUACUUGUGCUUUUGCAAGUGAGUGCUAAUUUUCCCAGGGGAACGCAAUAGUUUUGCGAAAGAACAAAUGUUUUGCGAGCAAAUGGCAAAUUAACUUCUAAAAAGGAUUGCGAAUGAAUGCAAAGACUCCAAUUUUGCCUCUAAUCACCAUUUACCCUCGUCUCCCUUUUCUUUUUUUUCUUUUUUUUACAGAGUUUAUUAAUCUGUUAAUUUAAAAAUGAUCUGUUACCUGUCACUGUUACUUGUUAUCAUGUUUGUUCAUGAUACGUUAACUAAUGUUUAUUUAAACAACUUGAAAUGUUGCGGAUGUAUUCGAAUAAGUGGAAAUAACAUUAAUAAAUUCUGUAAAAGUGUUGUUUAUGGUUAGUUGGUGACACCAAAUGCACUAAUUAACAUGAACAAGUUGAAGUUUAUUGUAAAUUGUUACUUUUUCUUUUAAUCAAUUUUUUGUCAUUUGAUGUUUUGCGCAGAAGAAAUCAGUGCCUAGGAAAGAAGCCAAAAGUAUACCAGGUGUUAGAAAGCCUUUUACGAAGCACUUUUCCUGUUAGCGUGAACAGUUUUGUUUUCAGUUGCAUUAACGGAACACCCCGCACCUCUGCAAAAAUAAUGUUUUAUUUGCUGAAUCGGUUCCAGCUCAUGUUUUUUUGCUGACUAACUCGGGUUUUGAAAAAGAUGCAAACAUUUACAGUUGUGUUGCAGGUUUUCUGACAGCUCUCAGAAAUGAUUUACCAAAAGAUUUUUCUCUCAGGACAGUGACGGUACAAUGGGACACUGGUCCUGUUUGGCAGCAUGUGUACAGUUUUUCACUCUGGCUCAAUGCUCUGUCUCAUAGGCUUGUAUUACCAUCCAUCAGGGUAUUCCUAAAAUAUAUAUUUGCCAAGUAAAGCCACACCAGUUCUGUAUAUGCGAGACGGUACAUCACGAUGCGUGAAAGCAUGCAUGUUUGUACUCUGCACCUUGAUGGACAGUUUUUUUUUUUCUCCUGUCCUUUAGGGCAGAAGGUGCGUGGUGCACUUGAUGGCUGUUAGUCAUCAUGUGCUUCCCCUCUCCUUGCUGGAAAAAUGUCUGCCUGCUGUAUGAGAUAUUGUACGAUACAGUUGUAAUACUACAAGAGAAGGUCCUGAGAUAGUUUUUUUUUUUUUUUAUUAUGGAGGCUUUAGCUCUUCUCAGACUGUAUUUGUCAUAUUUUAUAGCAUUUUGUUUUGGGAUUUAAACAGUAUAUGCUGAGAUGUUAUACCAUUAUUUCAAUAAAACUAUCAGCUCCUCA